AUGACCCUAAGGAUGCUCUGGGCUGGACAGGCGAAGGGGGUCCUGGGAAGCUGGGGGAUCAUCUGCUUGGUGAUCUCUCUGCUCCUCCAGCAGCCAGGAGUCCACAGCAAGUGCUACUUCCAAGCUCAAGCCCCUUGCCACUAUGAAGGGAAAUAUUUUACCCUGGGUGAGUCUUGGCUCCGCAAGGACUGUUUCCAUUGUACCUGUCUGCAUCCUGUCGGUGUGGGCUGCUGUGACACGUCCCAGCAUCCCAUCGACUUCCCCGCAGGGUGUGAGGUACGUCAGGAGGCAGGAACCUGCCAAUUCUCUCUGGUGCAAAAAUCUGACCCUCGGCUGCCCUGCAAAGGGGGAGGGCCCGACCCAGAAUGGGGCUCCGCUAACACCCCUGCUCCUGGGGCUCCUGCUCCCCACUCCAGCUAA